CUAAUCACUUCCGCUGGUCAGAGGGCAGCAAAAUGGCAGCCGUGUUAGGUCGAUAACAUUCGUGCCCUAAUGUUAACCUAGACCGCAGAUUUCAAACUCAAAUGCUCUCAUUAAGCGUUACAUUUAGCAUCUAGGACUCGGCACCUGUUACUACAUUUAGACGCUGACAUGUUCCAGGUAAUCGGCGGAAGGAGCGUGCAGGCGGUACGGCUCUUAGCGCCCAGGAGCGCCGUGCUCGUGGAAGCUGUCCGGGGCCGAAAGUCUCGCACCGACCCGGUAGCCAAGUCCAAAGAGGGGCGAAUUAAAGUGCCUCCCCCCGUCGAUCCGGUGGAAAUGGUAGUUCUCAAAGAGAGAUACACGGAGUACAAGCUGAUCAUGAGGGCGCUCCGUUUGGAGUUUAAGGAGGAGGUGCUGCGAAAGAAGUACGAGGAGGAGACGGGCUCCCAGGCGGAGGAGAGGGCGAGGCAGGAGGCGGAGGAGCACCGAGCCCUGAUGGCCUGGAACAACGAGGAGAACCUGCGCAUGCUGAAAGCCAGAAUUCUGAGGGUCCAGAAAGAAGCAGAGGAAGCUGAGCGCAAGAAGAUAGAAGCUGCCAUUCAGCGGGAACAGGAACAGCAAGAAUUCAUCAAAGAAAAAGAGAGGGAGAUUUUGCGGCUGCAGGAGGAAGUAAAGAACUUCAUCACCAUGGAGAACUUGGAUCAACGAAUUGAGGAGGCACUGGACAAUCCAAAGAAUUACAACUUUGCCGUUGACAAAGAAGGGAGAGUCAUCAAACAGACAGUGCUGCAGUGAAACUACUGGAUGCACAGACAUGACUCUGUUGUGCCCGGACUAAUCCGGCAGUUCAGUGAUCCAACUCCCUCUGGAGGAGCAUUUCAACACCUUGAAGCUGGAAAAAAAAAAUCUUUUUUUCAAAAAACAUUUCCAGCAUGGCAUCAGGCUCACACCUUGACCUGGUAGUCUCACCUCAAGGUCACACAGCCUUUAUUUUCCCCAUGUGUCUGCUUUAUAUUGUCCCUUAUUUAAGUCAUUCGCCAUAAACAACAUGUAAUCAUUGCUGGCAUUUGUCAUGAGUUUUAGGGUAAAUUAAUGUAAACAGUAUUGAAACGGCUGCUGAAGAACGGGACUUCAUUUUUCUCCUUCAUUUUGAAGGCUAAGGACCAUCACACACCUACAUGGUCAGGAUCUCUUUAUAUUGACUUCAUGAUGAUAACUGGUCUUUAUGUUGAACCAUGGUAUUAAAAUGCAUUUUCUUACCUUGA